GUCUAUUAGCUUCGCCCCCGCCUCCGUCAGUGCCACCGACGUCCUGCUUUGUCCUCGCCCUCCCUCCCAAUCUGUCUGGCACUGGACACAGUUGAUUCUGGAUUGUUCUCCCCGUGCCUCUGUCCACCAUGGACGGCACGCAAACCCUCACCACGGCUGCCGACCUCGAGAUGCGGGCGGCCCGUGUGGCUGAUCCUGGCACAGGUAAGUGGCUGCACUAGUACUGACCUUAAUAUCCUCGCACUCUGCUCAUCUAUACUCAGACUUAAAGACGAAGCUCAAUGUUGCGUACGAGCUGCGGGAAAUGAUAGAUGUAGUGCGAGAGGCGGAGGCAGCUCGCGUCAUACCGCACAUGGUUCCUAUCCUCUUGGACAUCCUCAGGUCCGGAGAGGUCGCUCACAGCAAAGAUUCGCUGGAGUUUCAGUUCAGGCGCUGCCUCUUGGACAUUAUUCAUCGCCUACCUGCGAACGACGGAGUGAAACCGCAGGCUGGCCCUCUCCUCUCUGGAAUGUUGUAUCUGCUCCGUUACGACAACGAGGAGAACGGUAGCGUUUGCUGCAAGAUAUUCGCAGAAGUUGCGCGCUCGUAUAAGUUGCUCACCGAAGAGCUGCUGAAGGAGUAUUUGGACCUUUACGCAGACGUCCUCCGUAACAUCCAAGGCUUAGUCGACGAGACUUUGUCGGAGACUUCUGCUGUCGUGGAUGCCAAUGUGGCGCUCCCUGCUCGCCGCAGUUUCAAAGUUCUAGGGGAGUACGCGAUGGCAACUGUCUCGCUUACUCAGACAUACAAACAAAUGGUUCUUCCUGCACUACAAGAAAUCCUUCCCUUGAACGUCUCUGCUCUGAUGGUCGAGGCGCCUAUCCAACGAAAAGCCAAGGAGGAUUACGAGGCCAUGGGAGGCCAUUGGGCGGGAAUGGCACCUGGAUUCAAGAACCCUGCCGUAUUCUCAGACUUUACGUCUGCCCAGAUCAAGUUGCUUUCGUGCCUCGCGUUCAUGUACCGUGGAGGGUCAGAACAGUUUGGAGCGGAAGGGGACACCUUGGCUAUCACCGCCGUCCGCCUCCUCCAAGAUUGUCCGCCGAGUGCGAUAGCUGCGCGACGAGAUUUAAUGGUCGUAUUUCGACAUGUCCUUAGCUCUCCCUACCGCCGGGCUAUAGUACCAUACAUUGACAAAAUCUUUGACGACCGGGUACUAUGGGGUACAGGAGUUGGCUGCAGAGAAGCUAUCAGGCAGAUCGCCUUUGCCUGUGCAGGCGACCUCGCUCAUCACCUGAAAUCCGACAUGACUCCGACGCAGCUCACUAAUGUCUGCAUGCUCUUCUUGCGUCAUCUCAUGGAUCCUCGUCUCCCUGAAUCCAUGCAUCAUCUGUGCGCUAAGGUCAUAUACGGGCUGGUGGACCAUAUUGCGACGAAGGAUACUCCACAAAACGCCGCGCGUACGCUCAGGACUGUGCUGGACGCGACCGUAGACAAGGUCAGCAGCUUGGCCGACACCCAAGCGUAUUUGGCGAACAAGGUUGCCAACAUGAGCAAAGCGGAGAAAGGAAAGGAAGACGAUAUCUCCGUGGACUACACGACCAUUGACAAGGCAAGACCCGUCGGUGGCGCUAUGUAUGCUGUUGAGAAGCCAGGAGACGCUCUCGUCGGACACCGCCAGCUGGUUCGAACGCUGAUACCCGGGUUUCGCGUUACAUUGGGCGCUAUGAAGAAAUGCGAUGCGCCGGUCGCAGACGGCGCUGUCAUCGCACGUCUCUUCGACAGUUCUAUUCGCUGCGUCUGCGCAUUCGAUGGCGAGACGCGAGAUGCACAGGAUGCCUUGGAGUGGCUUGGACUCGGCCUGAACGAGGUCAACCUACAUGUAUUCCAGGAAGUUUGGACCCAGAAGAUCGACUUCUUCUGUUCCAAGGCCGAGAAGCAUCCAGUAGUCAUGCACUUGGUGCAAGCCCUGUUCAGCAAAGAGCCCAGUUCUGCGACGCUAGUUGCGAUCGUACUGCGGUUCCUCGUCAAUCACUUGCCCGAUCUCGGUGGCCGUGACGAUAAGACGGCCGCAAUCGUCAUCCGGAUGUUCAAGCUGACCUUCGGCGCUGUAGGGCUCUUCUCCCAGUCCAACGAACCUAUUCUAGCAUCCCACCUGGGGAAGUUGAUCAUGGACUGCUUCCCGCUCGCAGCAAAGGCGACGAGGCCUAACAACUACUUCCUCCUUCUAAGACUUCUCUUCCGGGCCAUUGGAGGCGGCGGCGGCCGAUUCGAGUUGCUCUACAAGGAGGUUUUGCCUCUACUUCCUGAAAUGCUGGAAUGCUUGAACCGCCAGCUCCUCAUCUCCGAAGGUCCCACCCGCGAUCUCGUCGCAGAACUGUGCCUCACCGUCCCGCUACGUCUCACACACCUCCUCCCUUACCUCUCGUAUCUGAUGCGUCCUCUCGUUCUGGCGUUGCGGGGCACACCGGAGAUGGUGUCCCAAGGUCUUCGUACCCUCGAGUUAUGCAUCGACAACCUCACUCCGGAUUUCUUGGACCCGACUUUGAACACCGUCCUCCGGGAUUUGAUGGAAGCGCUGCAUAAGCACCUCAAGCCACUCCCGGCGAGUCACCAACACUCGCACACUACCAUACGUAUCCUAGGCAAGCUGGGCGGUCGCAAUCGACGGCUCUUAGACAAAGAGCCCUCACUGAGCUACGGUCAUCACUCCGAACCGAUGAAGGCUCGAGUAUCGUUCGGAGGUACCAUACAAGCCAUCGAGCUCAGUUCUGUCGUUACGCUAGCUCAGUCCACCCUCGUCGGGGGUAAAGUUGGCACGCCGUACCGUCUGCACGCAUAUGACUACCUCGAGGCAUGCCUUGCUCUACUGCUGCAUGAGGGCUUAAGGGGCCGCGACAGUGAACAGGUCUUUUUGACUUGUCUCGAGGGCCUCCACGAUGCCGUACACAUAGAAGGUCUCAAAGAGCGGGCUGAGAAGACUCUGCAAGACGUGUCGAGAUGUGUCAUCUUCUCCGAGGUCCGCCGUAAUUCGUCGAAGGAUACCGCUCUCAGGAGGUACCCCAGCCAGCAGUUGUCAUGUUUCCUCGACGCAAUGCCUCGUGGCAUCGCUCGCGACAACCCUGCGGAGGCCCAGAAAGCUCAGGAACUGCUCUCUGCUCUCCUCGGCGAGUUGGUUGACAUGGCCAAUUCACCAGACGUGUCCACGCAGGACGUCGCGCCGACUCUGGCCCAGAUCGCUUUUCGAUUCAAUGCCUUGUGCUUGGAAGACGCCUGGGUACGCAGGGCUGCUGGUUGCAGCGGGAUCCGUAUCAUGACACGCCUGCCAGGCCUAGGAGUGAAAUGGGUCAAUGAUCGCGAGCUUGACCUGAUUCGCGUGCUUCUGUGCGUCUUGAAGGAUAUGCAGUAUGACCUUCCUCGCGAUGUGGACCACGUCGUCGACGUUCUGCUGGAAGUCAUCCGCGUCGGCGUCACGGAGUCGCAACCGUUGGGUGAAGAAGGCUCGUCGUCUCGAAUGAAGCUGGCCGUCCUGAUGAACAUCAUCAUGGCUGAACUCGCAAGCUCCAGCGCCAUCGUCCGUACCGCGUCGCAGAAGUGCAUCGAACUCUUGGGCGAACUGUACCACAAACGACCCGCGGAACUCUUCAUGGCCAAUCGCGAUCGACUCUUGUCGCAACUGUAUACCAAGCCUCUCCGCGCACUACCCUUCCAGAUGCAAAUCGGAAUCAUCGAAGCAGUCAGGUAUUGCAUCAGCCUGCAACCGCCUAUGCCAGAGUUGAACGACGAGCUACUUCGUCUUCUACACGAGACCCUUGCUCUCGCCGACGCCGACGAUAUGGCUCUCAUUGGAAGGAACAAUGCGAGGCAAGUGAGCAUGGAGAUCAUCAAGCUCCGCGUCGCAUGCAUCAAACUGCUGACGGCGUCCAUGCCGCUGACCGACUUCUUCGGCAAGCAGCAUCAGACGCGCCAGAGGGUCACUGGAGUGUAUUUCAAGUCACUCUAUUCGCCAAAUCUGGAGGUCAAGGAGGUUGCACACGAAGGUCUCCGAAUGGUCCUGACCCAUCAAAGCAGACUGCCAAAGGAGCUUUUGCAGACUGGGCUGCGGCCGAUCCUGAUGAAUCUCGCGGAUCCGAAACGGUUGUCGAUACCAGGGCUAGAGGGUCUGGCGAGGCUGCUCGAGUUGCUCACGAACUACUUCAAAGUAGAGAUUGGGCACAAGCUACUCGACCAUUUCCGGGUCGUCGCUGAUCCUCAGAUGCUAUUGGCGUCGUCAAAACUACCCUUGGCAGAGAACGAAGGCAUCACGAAACUCGUCAGACUGGCCAACAUCUUCCAUCUUUUACCAUCCGCAGCCCACAUCUUCCUCGAGAAUCUGGUGAAUGCUAUCGUGCAGACAGAAGCGCAGAUGCACUUCUCCAGUCAGAGCCCAUUCUCUGAACCUCUGGCCAAGUACCUGGAUCGGUAUCCAGUGGAGGCCGUCGAUUUCUUCAUGCGCCACCUCCAUUUCCCUCGGCACAUCCGCACUUUGAGAAGCAUCUUGCAAGCCAAGCUUGCGGCCAAUGUGUUAAGGGAACUAGCGUCCCGAACCUCGGUUAUCGUUUCUGUAUGUCUCGAAGGCCGCGACCCUAGCUUGGUUCUGCCUGGGCUUCUCAUGUGUUGCGAUCUGGCCGAACUGAUCCCAGGCUGGCUGGCGUCGAACGCGUACGUCGUGGAUGCCGUGUUAGCGUUGUGGGACAUCGAACCUUCCGCUAUCGAUCUGCUCGGCCCUUCCGUCGGCGACGUCAGACAACGGUACUCUCUGUUAAUUUCGAUCAUCAUGAAAGCCUUGCAGCAGACGCCGCGAAUCGACCUCCUGUUCCACUUGGUCUCCGUCUUCUCGCGCAACCUUCCUUGGGAUAUCAUCCACGUCUCCCAGUUCUUCUACCAACACAUUGCUUUCAGCGACGACCUCGCGUUCCGGCGGAAUGUGCUCACUCGCUUUGUCAUCUGGUUCCGUGACCAAUCUGUCCCGCAGGUGCAGAAGGUGCAUUUCAUCCAGUACGUGAUUACACCGACCCUUUUGGUGCACGCUGCGCGCUCUUCGUCGAAGCUUGGACUCCUCGAUGAAAGCCUCGUCAACAAGAUCCAUGUGCACAUAUGGCAACCGAUGAAUGACGAUGCCACCUUUGCGCAAGAUGACGACGUCUUCAAAGUGGAGUUACUGCAUCUGACGACCGUCAUGGUACACCGCUAUCCAGAAUACCUGCAGGAUGCGAAAAAGGACAUCAUACGCUGCGCCUGGCACUACAUUACCAGUGAAGAUGCCAUAGUCAAGCAGACCGCUUAUCUCCUCGCUGCGCGCUUCUUCGAAGCUUUUGAGGGACCUCAGAAGUUUCACCUCCGUGUCUGGACAGGAUUGCUCAAGCCACCCCACAUCGAAGCCAAGGCCCUCGUACGGCAAGCGCUCGAUAUCAUAGCCCCUGUUCUGCUCCGCUCGCAGUCUUUCGACGGCGGAUACCCUCAAUGGGCGAAAACCACACGUCGACUCCUCGCAGAAGAAGGGGCAGGGUGGUCACAGGUCGCCCUCAUCUACCACCUCAUCGUCCGACAACGUUCGCUAUUCUACCCUGUCAGGGCACUCUUUGUUCCCCAUAUCGUCAACUACAUUUCAAAGGUCGGCUUAAGUCAAGGGUCGCACGAUAUCCGAACGCUCUUCGAAUGUCGAUCUUUGUCGGUGGAGAUACUACAGGUCGUCUUUGAUUGGGAGCAACAGGCGGCGGCCUCCAUGUCUGAUCCUUCCUCGGACAACGACACGAUGGAUGUGGAUUCAGCAAACGAGCGCUCUUGGACCACACCCCUACCUUUGCGUGAGAGCAUAGUCAGCUACCUCGUCCGUUUGUGCACCAUGGCGCAUGACGCCCAGACGCGCGCUGCGAUUUUGCCUCGGGCCCUCGAACUCCUGCGGGCGAUAGUAGGGCCAAAUGGAUGGAGUGACGUGACAUUCAAGUUGCAUUUCUUCUCCCGUGCUCUCGAGCAGAACGACUUCAAGGGAGACGCAACGAUGCUAGCUCAAGCACAGAGUUCAGCGAAAGUGUUGCAAGUCAUAUCCGCGGAGAAGGACGACGCAUGGUGCAUGGCAAAUGCUGGUAUUCUCUCAAGGCUUGUUCGCAAGGGACUUCUCAGCGAGGAUAGCAGUCUCCAGGACUCACUCCAUAUUGUCUACGAUCGCCUCGUGCGCCUCUUUCCAGUCCCCAAAGAGGAUGAAGAGCAGUCGUCGGAAAUGUCUGAGUUCCACGCAUUUGUCUACACUUCUAUUGGGGAGAACCUCAGGAACACAGAGGAGCUACGGGCCAACUCCGCGCCUGUCUUACGAGGCGUCUUGCUCAUGUUGAAGUCGAUUAUCCAGAUCACGCCGGAGCGCAUAGAACCGUUCGCUGGGCCCCUCAUGAAGCUACUCAGCAGGCUGGCCCGAGACCACAUCCAGUCGUCACAAGCAACACCCGGUUUCGAGCAGAACGUGCGCCUCAUCCUGAACAUCCUGGAGAUCUCGCAGUCGUCCGUGGCCUAUCUCGGCGACCAGAGGAAGUGGUUGCUCAGCGCCUUGGUUGCAUGUGCCGAGAAGUCCAAAAGCCAUAGUCUGUGCAAGGCUGUCCUGGACAUCGCGAGAGAGUGGGCGAUGAACAAGCGUGACCCGUAUCCUACCAUGAAGGAGAAAGCGACGCUACUUCAGAAGAUGGCUGCGUUCGAGUUACGUGGCGACCGAGCCGAAUCCUUGUUGAACCUGUACCUCGAGUUGAUCUACGACAUCUACACGGAACCCAGCCUGCGACGUUCGGAUCUUACGACAAAACUGGAGCAGUCCUUCCUUCUGGGCUGUCGUGCGGCCGAUCUUUCCCUGCGAGAACGCUUCAUUGACCUAAUGGACGUCAGCAUACCUCGGUCGUUAUUCAGCCGCCUAACAUACAUCAUUGGUGUUCAGAAUUGGGAGGCACUUGCGGACCAUAACUGGAUGUUCCUUGCGCUGCACUUGCUUCUGGGCUCCGUUGACUCCGAACAUGCUAUCAUGCCUGACCGGAAGGGGUCUUUGGAGGAGUCUUUCACCUCCCCACCUCUUGCCCUGGAGGGUGCCUCGUCUCUAGUUCGACCCAUGCAACGUCUCCUCUACCUCGAUCCUCAGAAAGUCCAUGAUGUCUGGGUCUCUGUGUUUCCGGCAGCAUGGGCUUGUCUGUCCAGACGCGAACAGAUGGACGUCACCCAUCACUUCAUCGCACUACUGGGCAAGGACUACCACGUCAAGCAAGUGGAUCUGCGCCCCAAUGUCGUCCAGACGUUGCUGGAGGGUGUUCUGGCGUGUUCACCACCGAUGAAUCUCCCGCCGCACUUAGUGAAGUACCUGGCGAAGACGUUCGGUGCCUGGCAUGUCGCCGCGGAGUACCUGACCUCAUCUUUGGAUCAUCUGCGUGAAGAUGAGGCAGUCGUUCGCGACACGGUCUACGACUCACUCGCUGAAAUGUAUGCAGAACUGGCCGAAGACGACAUCUUCUACGGCUUAUGGCGCCGUCGUGCACUGUACACGGAGACGAACGUGGCCAUUGCGUACGAACAGUGCGGCAUGUGGGACCAGGCCUCUAGCGUUUACGAGACAGCGCAGAGCAAGGUACGCGCUGGGAAUCUCCCGUUCUCCGAGGCGGAGUUCUGCUUAUGGGAAGAUCAUUGGAUGCUGGCGGCCGAAAAGUUGCAGCAGUGGGAGGUGUUGUACGACCUGGCGCGUGCGGAGAACAACCAUGAGCUGCUGCUCGAAAGUGCAUGGCGUACCAAGGAUUGGGCAAUAACGGAUCAGCUAGCUCAGCUCGAAGAACAGAUUGGCCUUCUACCUGACGUCGCAACACCAAGACGCAGAGUAUUCGAGGCGUUUAUCGUUCUGGUAAAGACCUCCGGUACCGAGAACUUCAAGGCCGCCGAAUUCACGAGGCUCUUGGAAGACGCCAUGCAAUUGUCGCUCCGCAAGUGGACGAACUUGCCAUCCCAUCUCUCAGCCGCCCACGUACCAUUGCUGCAACACUUCCAGCAGUUCGUAGAAUUGCAAGAAUCGGUGUCCAUCUUCACCUCCCUCGCUACUACCCACCCGCAUAAUCUAGAGAAGAAGUCUUCCGAUCUGAAGAUGGUACUGCAGGCUUGGCGCGAGCGACUGCCGAACCAGUACGACGAUAUCAGCAUAUGGAGCGACCUCGUUGCCUGGAGGCAAAAUGUCUUCAACGCCGUCAAUAAGAAGUAUCUCCCAAUGAUCACCAACGCUAACACAGCUGCAGGAGCUAGCGGUAGCAGCGCGCCUACGUUUGGAUAUCGAGGUUACCAUGAGACAGCUUGGAUCAUCAAUCGAUUCGCCCAUGUCGCUCGAAAGCAUGACCUGCUGGACGUCUGCUUCAGUCAACUCAACAAGAUCUACACUCUGCCCAAUAUCGAGAUAUCGGAAGCCUUCCUGAAGCUCAGAGAGCAAGCGCGAUGCCACUACCAGAAACCGGGCGACCUCCAGGCGGGACUGGAAGUCAUCAACAAUACGAAUUUGAUCUACUUCUCGACCACUCAGAAGGCUGAGUUCUACACGCUCAAAGCUAUGUUCUACGCCAAGUUCGGUCGCAAUGACGAAGCGAAUGCAGCAUUUGGUCAGGCAAUCCAGCUAGACAUGAUGCAGGCGAAAGGAUGGGCCGCUUGGGGAAAGUACCAGGAUCGUCUAUUCAAGGAAAACCCCGGGGAGAUGGUGCUCGCAGCGCAUGCAGUCCAUUGCUAUCUUCAGGCUGCAGGCUUGUACAAGAGCAGGAAAAGUCGACCACUCCUGGCGCGUGUUCUGUGGCUCUUGAGCGUAGAUGACGGUAACCUCACGAUCUCUCGAGCCUUCGACACCUACAAAGGGGACGCUGCUUAUUGGUACUGGAUCACCCUCAUUCCGCAACUUUGCCUCUCGCUUUCGCAACGGGAGUUGAAGCAAGCGCGGUACCUGCUGCUCAAUCUAGCCAAAUUGUAUCCUCAGGCUUUGUUCUUCCAGUUACGUACAACGAAGGAAGAUCUGAGUCUGGCCAGGCAUCAAGCAGCGAAGGUCGCAGCCAUCGCUGCUCAACGUGCGGCAUCGCAACACAGAAGUGAAGGCGGUCAUGAUAAUGUUCCAGACGCUAAUGGCGACAUCAAGAUGGGUGAAGAAGCGAGUGGUUCGGUGCAGCACUCACCUACGCGGUCGACGGGUACUGUGGGCGAGGCUCGUCCUGCAGAUGCUGCGAUGCCGCAUGCUCCUCGCCAGUCACCGGAUUACGUCGAGGAAGUAGUGCAGAUCUUGAAGACGGCCUUCCCGCUGUUGAUUCUCAGCAUGGAGACCAUGGUCGAUAAUAUCUCCACUAGAUUCAGGGCAUCGUCCGAAGAAGAGAUAUACCGGCUCACAUGCAUCCUUCUGCAAGAAGCUGUCCACUAUUGCACCUUGAGGGUCAACGCAGAUGAAGACAGUCAUUUGCACAACGCGACUGCGCAGACUAUCGAGAGGUUUGCACAGAGUUUGUCAGGACCCAUACGGCAAAAUUGGGACGACGAUUUCAUCAAGGGGAAGCCUUCUAUGGCCGUGUUGAUUCAGCGGUUGCAAAAGUGGAGAGACAGAUACGAGCGAUAUUUGGAUGCAAGACCCCGUGUCCAGUCUCUGGACAUGCUCAGUCACCAUUUGCUAGAGUUUCAGUAUGGCAAAUGGGACGAGAUCGAAGUGCCGGGUCAAUACACUGAGGACAAGGACAGCAAUCAGAACUUCGUCCGACUCCUCAAGUUCGGACCGACGUUCGAACACUGCCGCACUCAUGGCUAUUCGUGGAAGAGAUUCGCUAUCUACGGUCAUGAUCACUCGAGGGCUUCGUUUGCCGCCCAGACUCCUGCUGCAAAGCACUGUCGCCGGGAGGAACGUCUCAUGCAUCUACUGCGCACACUAAAUCUGACGCUUUCGCGCAAGAAGGAGAGUCGGAAGAGGAAUCUCCAUUUCCAUCUGCCGGUCGCGGUCCCAUGUUCGAGCAAUCUACGACUCCUACAGAAUGAUGCGUCCUAUAUCACGCUCGGUGACAUCUACGAUCAACACUGCGAGGAAACAGGCAUUUCACGCGAGGACCCUGUCUUGUUGGCUAAUGACAAACUUAAGACGGCUGUACGAGAAGCCUUUCAGGCGACGGGCAGGAGGGUUGACAAGACCGAGUACGUCACUCUGAAGAAAGAUCUAGUUGAUGAGGUCGCCGUCAAGAUGAUUCCGCCAGACGUCAUCAGCCGAUAUAUGCUGAGGAUCAUGAAUGGACCCGGUGAAUUGUGGCGCAUGCGCAAGCAGUUCGCGCUCCAAAUCGCAUCGACCAGUUUCGUGACCCACGCAUUCUGCCUCACGAGUCGUCUGCCGUCACGCUUCCAAUUGUCCCGCGAGACCGGGCUGAUGUAUAUGUCGGAACUGAUUCCUGGCAUGUCGCCGCAUGCGCCAGUCCUAACCAGUCCCGACGUGGUGCCGUUCCGGCUGACACCCAACAUGCAGCACUUCGUGGGCCCGAUUCUGCUUGAAGGCGUCCUUGCGGUGGGCAUCAUGACGAUCGGUCGCUGCCUGACUGAACCAGAGUUUGACCUCGAGUCGCAUCUGUGUCUGUUUGCUCGGGACGAGGUCUUGACGUUCCGCGCCAGACAGGUUGGCCAGGAGGCUAGCUUCCGCACGGCUGUUACUGGCGUGAUCGACGGAAUCGUCAAGCGAGCUGAGCUCUUGGGUUGCAAGGCAGAGCGCGAGACUGCUAUCGUCGUGAAGGAGCCGCAGAACCUCCCGAAUGUGCCCUUGGUGCAGACCGUAACGAACUUCAUCUCUACUGCAACGAACCCCAUGAAUCUCGCGAAGAUGCCGGAGACGUACCUGCCUUGGUUCUGAUAUUGGAAUGUUGUAUUUCUUUCUCGACUGCUAUCUCAUCUGUACACGUAUGUCACAAUCGCAAUUGAAUGGAUACAUCGCAUUAUGGAGCAAAAAUGAGUGUGAUGUUACGUCCGGUGGAAGCCCUCUGUCUGGCGGAAGGCGUUGAUCUGUACCUCGCUCUCUUGCAUCAU